CGCCGCCGCUUUGGCCGCCCCGGGGCUGCCGAAGGGGACUCGCUGUCCCGGCGCGCCGCUGGCCAUGGGCGGAGCGGGAGAGGCGGGCGAGGCGGGCGGCUGCUGUGGAAGACGCUGGGCCCGUGCGCUGUCGGGGCUGCAGGAAGACGCACAGAGCUUGUUUGAGCAAGACCAGGAUGGAAGAGCCCAAUGGGGACCUUCCCAUGCGGAGAGACGCCGUCCUCUCCGAGUCGUGCUGUGAUCAUGCUGUGACAAACCUGGUGGAAGUGCUGAGAUCUUUGGUGGCUUUAACUGACCCUCAGGAGGGGAAGCUGACUCAGUCUGGAGAGAAAGCACUAAACUCGCUGGGCAUUUGGAAAACUGUAUUUGCAGCUGUUCCUGGGCCUCCGUCAAAGACUUCAGUGGAGUGACAGCUCGAAGAUGGGAGACCAGGAGGCAGGUGAACCCUUUCUGGGGAUCGUGGCCGGUGAUGCCAGAGACUAUGAAGGAGCUCUGCCCUCAGACACCAUAUCGCUCAGCGAUUCUGACUCUGAUGAUCUGGGGUUAGCAGGUGAAGCAGAAGUUGAUACAAUAUCUCCUGAGGAGCCAUCUGUAGAUGAUGGGGAUUACAGAUCAGGGGAGACUCCUGACUCUUCAAACAGCAGUCACAGAUCUCCAGUCCAGCCGUUCCAUCUGAGGGGCAUGAGUUCCACAUUCUCUCUCCGUAGCCAGAGCAUUUUUGAUUCCCUAGAAGAGGCGGCCAAGCUGUCUGUGCCCUCAAUGCCUGAAGAUAAUGUUGUUGAUGGGAGAUUUAAGCGUCCGUUGCCUCCAACCACAGUUUCAGGUAACAUGGUUCCAGAAAACAUGGGAAAGCAAGCCAGACCAGUGCUGGCUCCCAAAACCUCUCCUGCAGUGCCUGACUACGUGACACACCCAGAGCGCUGGACCAAAUACAGCCUAGAGGGAGUUUCAGAGUCUAGUGACAAGACUAACAGGGCAGUGGCCAUGGAAUUUCUAGAGGGUUUGAAGAAAAGAGGGGAGGAACAAAGCUCAGCUACCCAAGAUAGCUACACCCCAUACUUCAACCAGGACCCUUCCAGCUGCGGAGCUGGGAGGAUUGUCUUCACCAAACCAACUAAAAGAGGUGUUGAUGGACUUGAAAAGAAAAGAUCAACAGGGGAGGAUCAUAAGAAACAGAUGAAGACAGAUCUGAAAGGAAAAUCUGUUAAGAAGACUGAUGACUUGAGGGAAGAAGAUAAGGUAGAGCUGGGGCACUUAGACAGUGACAGUGGAAAGGCAACAGAGGAGGAGGAGUGCAUGACGGAAGGGGACCAGAAUACAGAAGAUAACCUUAGUGCAAGGUUUAGUGGUGCAGCUGAAGAGCCAUCAGUGGAAACAAUUGGAUUCCACUGCAGUAAGAAAAAGAGUAGGAAAAAUUUCCGACCUAAAGUAGACGACGAAGGGGAGGAGGAAGAGUCCUGAAGGAUGAAGCACAUUGGAGGAAUCCAAGGACUUGUAUUGUCUUGCUCAUAUUUUUCCCUUUUUUUCCUGUUCUGAAAACCACGUGAUAGCUUUUUGUCCAACAAUUUGUGUCAUAGCCACCAAGAACAUGUUAUAUUGUUAGAAAUCAAGCUACCUAAAAUAAACUCCAGACUUUUUGUUCAGGAGAAAUCUGUGGGCAUAGGAUAGUUGCACCCUAGCAGGAGAGAAUAAGGUAUGCUUUGUUCGCUUUCACAGCUCCCUCGGGCUCGCUCUGGAGCUGAAGUAUCCAAAGAAAAAGAAGUGUUAGCAAAAAGGCUACAAGGCUUCCUAGUAACUCCCAAUUUUAAGAGUUGUUCUCAAAUCCUGUGGAAUCCUGGAGAAAAGGUUAUGAACUCAUUAGGUAGAGAUUUUUGAACAGUGAAAAUAAAACCUAGUCUUCCACAAGGUGUGGUUUCUCCUGGCCCUGUCCCAGGGAAGAAAACCUUUUUCAAAAACAUCCUUCUCUCAUUACCAUUGAGAGUGAAAGCACAAUAGUGCCCAAUUAUAUUAUGAUGAUAUGAUUAUCCUUGAUCUGCACAUUUGUAUGUCCUUUCCAGGAGGAGCUGCUUCCAUACCGAUUCUGUGUGUGGAUUGGGGUAUUUGUGGGAAUUAGAUAUUUAUACCAGCACUGGAUACUUUUUUGUUCUAUGUGAUGCAAUAAACUUUGGUUGUAGCUUGAUUUCUUCAUCUCUGAACCAUGCUGAGUAAUGCAGGAGUAGAAGUUUUAACAAAUACUCAGUUUAUUUGAUUUGAGAAUUGUCUUGAAAACCUUUUAGAGUGUUACUCUAAGUUUACCAUCUUGUUAACUUCUCCGUCAAGUCCCAUAGAUUCUAAAAUUCACAUUUUUAACAUUUUCAGCCAUUUUACAAUUUAUAAUCCCCUCAUGGGAUGAAUCAUCUCAUACAAUGAUUCACGUUGUAAGGAAUGACAAAUAUAGUAGUUUUAUAUGCAAUGUAGUAAAUUUAAUAAAUAAGGUCGAAAGAUUAAAUACUUUGAAAGGUUAUAUGAUUUGAAACUCAGAUUAGUUCAGGUCAGUUUGGACUCACAUUUUUUUUGCCGCUAUUCUAAAUGAACCAACCCAAUGGUGGCAUUUCUAACUGUGUAGUGAAAGAUGACUUGUUAAGAAUUUGUGAUAUUUCUCGGUAGGCUGUGCUUGCUCAAACUUGGAAGGGUGUUUGAGGGGCUGACUUCCUCUGAGGGGGGUCCAUCUUACCAGUAAUUGACUGGUAGGCCCAAAUCACUUGGGGGGGGUCUUCAUGUUUGAACAGAUGCAUCAUUUGGCAGAACAAGCAGAAAACAAAGUAAAAUGAGCAGUUGUGCUCCAUCUUUUGAAAUCCACCUUUUAAGAGCAGAAUGAGUGUAGAGUUGGAUGCACAUUAAUUAAGGAGUCACUGGUAGAUUCAUUGGUUGUUCCAGUACGUGUGAGUGGGACAUAACAAUUCCAAAUGGAUAGAUUUCUGUUUCCAGUGGAUAAUUAGUGUGCGGAUCACGAUGCAAAUAGCAGCCAUUUCGAAGUGGAAGCUGCUGCCUAGAGCAAGGCAUGCUGGUUGUAGGAUACCUAUUACUUCUUAACAAAAAAAAUGUAGCUCAGUACAGACUGGGUUUAUGAUUUGUGCUUGCCUAGGGUGAAGAACAGGUAGAACUACCAGAGUUCCAUUGCUGUUAGUGGAGUCAGAGGCCUGGGGCACAGCUCAAUAAACUGGACAAAUGCCUGUUUUAUGAAGCCAUUAUAACAAGAUUAAUAUAUGUUGAUAAAAGACUCAUUUCUGAAAGGUAUUUUUGUCAGAGCUGAGAUUUAUUUUUUUUUCCACCUCUGGUAACAGCUUUUGUGCAACCUACAUUUACAUUGCGUAGAAGCAAUAUCAUAUGCGUGAGGAAAUGCAGUUGAAGCUUAUCAGUGUAAGACAAGACACAGCCCAAUACUUCCCCCUUCUGAUGCUGUUUAUAUUAUUCCAAAGAAAUUUCCCCUUGAAGAACAGUAUUAAUACUAAUUUUACUGGUGUAUCUUUUCGUAUAGAAUUCUAAUAAAGCCAGCGAGCUUUUGCGUGCUAAAAAUGUACAAGCCAGUGUAAGUAAUGAAAAAAAGCGGCAAACAGUCCAGAUUCCUAGUUCAUGGGAUAAUUCUUGGUACACAUACUUGUUUUAAGGUCUCCUGGUGAUUUUUUUUUUUCCUAACCUUUGAGAGAGAAAAGUAAAAUGCAGUCAGAAAACCGCUUAGGUGUGGAUGCAGCAUUCCAUGUGGUGUGGUACAGGGCAAGGGCUCCUUUACAGUGGGAGGCUGGCAGCAGCCAUGAUCAGGCAUUACAACAAAAAAGCAAGUGGCAGAAGCUGGCGGUCUGACUGUGGGAGAAUCCAAAUACUUUGUGUUUGGGAAGUGAGUGCAAGCCACUGCACGCUUGAGGAUCAAGCAAUAAGCUUCCAGUUUCUGGGGAUGAGUGAGGAGUUCUCAGUAAGGAAUACCAGCAAAGAAAUACCUCACAGGAGCCAGCGUGGGAAGACGGUGAAUGCAAUUGUUUAAGGGUUGUAGGAACUCCAGGAACUGUAUGAAUUGUAAUAGUUCCGUAUCCCAGGCCUUUUCCUGUGGAAAAUAUUUCAUGAUUUCCUUUCUAAGCAACUCAGAAGUACGAGCUUGCUUUCUUGGCCAAGGAAGGGGCUUGGUUUUUAGUGCGUAAACGAUCACCCUUCCAAAGGGACCCUCCCUUAAACAGAGAAGUGUGGAAAUUGGCAAUGAUGGCGAUGGAUUGAGGGUGUGGUAUUUGGAGAACAGAAGGCAGAUCUUAUUUGGAAAAUAAAGUGGUAGAGUCACCCCGGAGGAGAAAGCUUUUAGUGCUGUUUGUGGAAUGGUUUUGCAGAAAACCGCUAUAUGAGCAGGGGCAAAGAAAGCCCAAAAAUUGAAGCAGGAAGGCCGAGAAAUCCUCAGUAAUGUCAACCAUUGACAGUGCUCAGUGUAAAGGCUUUGAGGGCUGGCCCUUAGGCCUUCUUGAGAUCAGGAUUUUACUCCUGCAGUAGUACAGUAGGACAAAAGGUUUAAUCUGAAGAAAGAAGAAUAAAUUUAAUUAUCGAUGUAUGCGAUGUCAUUCUCAAACUGAUCUACAUGCUCUUCGCUUUCACUUCUUUCUGGCAAAGGCCGUUCUGUGUUGGCAUUCAUCACACCUAAUAGGGUUGUAAAAGUCACGUGUUUGUUUAAAAGCCUUAGGAGAAGGGGAACAUAAUAGUAAUUGCUUAUGAAACUUAAAAAUGUUGAAAAAAAGGAUACUGUAGAUUCUAUUACUUUGCAUUUGCUCAGUAAAUGAUAAACACAGGUUUAUUUUUA